UGUAAACGUUUCCUAUUCUUUGAAAUAUGGGGGUAUGGUACGGUAGAGUUUUAUGAAAACAGCGGUAGAUACCGGAAUUUAACGGACAAGAACGAAUUUCCUUGGCUACCAAACAAAUAUGGCGGACACUGGCCAAACUGACCAAGUUGGUCAGACCGAGGUUGCAGAUCCUGGCCAGGUAGUACAAAGUACAGAGACAACAGCCCCUGUAGCACAGAAUCAAGAAGUACAAAAUAUGGAAACAGGGGCCCAGGAAGGGGAACUAAGUAUGGAAGCUGUCAGUGUAUCAAAUUCCUCACAACAUUCUAAAGAUAUGGAGGCAUUGUUGAAGAAAAUUGAUUAUGAUCCUUACAAUGAAGAUGAGACGGAGCUGAGAUUCCUGCAUUCAAAACCAACAUGUUUUGUUGUGAUUGGUAAACCUGGGGCUGGAAAGACAACUUUAGCGAAAAGAUUGGCAAUGGAAUGGAAAUGUGAACUUAUAUCUCCGACUGACUUACUGCAACAGAACAUUGAUAUGCAGACAGAGUUUGGGUUGAAAUGUUUAGAAAUUCUCCUCAAGGGUGAGGCAGUGACGGAAGAGAUGAUGAUUAAAAUGGUUGAAGAUAAAAUCAACUCACCUGAAGUUGCUCAUCAUGGCUAUGUUUUGGAUGAUUUCCCAACAUUGUCAGAAGCCACCCUGACAGCAAAAGAUCAGCUCGAGUUUAUUAGAAACUGGAAGCUUAAACCUGACUUUAUCGUUAAUGUGAAGAUACCUGACAAGGACUUAGAAAGGAGAAGAAUUGGACAGAAAAUUGAUCCCAUAACAGGUGACAUAUAUACAGAGGAAAUCUACAACCCAGAUAGACCUGUCAAAGAGGAGAAAGAUGGAGAGGGAGAAGAAGAAGAGGAGGAGGAAGAAGCAGAGGAAGAAGAAUCUUCCGAGGAUGAGAAUAUGAUUCCUGAACUUCCCGCUGAGGUACUGGAGAGACUUAUCACACGUCCCGAAGAUCUCCCCGAACAAGUGGAGAAACAUAUACGCAAAUAUAAAGUCAACCUUCUCAGGAUGCUAGAGGAGUACAUGGCUGACCAUGAUCAGCAGUAUCUCAUAGAGAUGGACGGAAACCAAACAUCAGCUACUCUCUUUAAGCAAUUGCAACAGCGUCUGAACUGUUUUGUGCUGCGCCCGGCAGCAGUUCCCUUGCGUCUUCAUGACCCUGAGGAGGAAGAGAUCCCUGAGGAAAUUGACACAGACGAGUUGAUGAGAAGCCUGGCUCCUAAACAAAUGGUUGCACCAAGGUUCAGAUGGCGUCGCAGCAGGUGGUUGAGGAACUGUCCGGUUGCACUUCAUGAGGGAAAUAUAAUACCAGGAAAACCAGAUCUUGCUGUCAGCUUUCUGGACAAGAUGUAUGUUCUAUCCAGUGGAGAGGCCAUGGAGAAGUUCCUGAAGAAUCCUCGUCCCUACCUACUGCCACCUCAGCCUAGGCCACCCUGUAAAAUAUCUGUGUUGGGGGCUCCUUAUGCUGGCAAAACAACAUUUUGUCAUCUGUUAGCACAGAAGUAUGGUGCUAAGGUAUUAGACAUGGAGAAACUGAUACAGCCGAGGUUGGAAAUAGAGAAGAAAAAGGCAAUUGAGAAUGUUAGAAAAGAAACCACAGAGACAGCUAUAAAUCAGGUUCGAACCAAAAUCAAGGAACAGAUGGAGGCCGAACAAGCUGCGAAAGAGGCCGCAGAAGCUGCAGAACGAGAAAGAGCAGAAAGGGAGGCAGAGGAAAGAGAAGCACAAAAGGCAGAGGAGGAAGAUGAAGAAGGUGAGGGUGAGGGUGAGGGCGAGGGCGAGGAGGGCAAUGAGACCUCUGAAAAAGAGGCAGAGGCCAAGGCAACUACUGAGGCCGAGUCAAAACCUGAAGAUUCACCAACUACAAAGUCUGACACAUCUAAAGUUGAGGAAGAAGGGGAGGCUAAGAAAGAGGAGGGAGAGGAUGUGACACCCUCGGACAAGGCAGCACCCUCUGUUGGUGAGAGCUCACAGAGUGAAAAAGCCGAUGAUUCCGCCACGUCCACCCAAGGUCAAGAGUCUUUGGUAUCUGCUGAUGCUGGAAAAGAAGGUGCAGGUCUUCCGGAUGUUGAUGCCACACAUCCUGACGUGAUUGUGCUGGUGGAACAGGCGGUUAAAGACGCAGAGAAGAACCCUAUCAACCUGACACCGGAGAUUUACUUGGAGAUCCUUGAGGAGAGCAUACAGGAGGCAGAGAAACUGAUGAGAGAGACCAAAGCUGAUGGACCUGUUCAUGGUGGUUGGAUCUUGGAUAACUUCCCCAACACUCGUGACCAGUGGAACUUGUGCAUUGAGAAGAACUUUCUUCCUGAUGACGUGAUUGUCCUCAAAGACAGCGGGGACGGCUCAAAGUUCUUGAUGAAGAGAUGGUACAACAUGCACAAAGACGAAAUUGAUGAGAAAAUUAGACAGAGGAUUAAAGAAGAAGAAGAGAGAAAAAUAAGGCUAGAGGCAGAAAGAAAACGACAAGAGGAGGAGGAGCGAAAGCGAGCCGAGGAGGAGGCUAAACGGAAGGCGGAGGAAGAGAGGCGGAGAAAAGAGGAGGAGGGAGAGGGGGAAGGGGAAGGAGACGAGGAAGAAGAAGAAGAGGCCAAGGGAGGUGAUACUAGUCAGGAUAAGGAGGAGCCAGAGGCUGAAGAAGAGGGAGAGGGAGGAGGUAAGGUUGAGGAGGUACAAGAAACUCAGGAAGAACAAAAAGAGGAAGGACAGAAGGAUGAAGAAGAAGAAGAAAAAGAUGAGGAUCAAAAGGAGGAAGGUGAGAAAGAUGAAGAAGUAAAGGAGGAAGUUGAAGAAGAACAAACGGAAGAAGUAACCAAGCGAGAAGAUGAUGAUGCAACAGAAACUGACUUAACAAAAACAGAAAUUACAACUGAAGCAGGUGAGGGCUCAGAAGAAAAUCGAGUUGAAUUCAAAGAGGAAGAAGAAGAGAAAAUUCCUGAUGGUCCAGAAAUGGAUGAAUAUAAAGAGAGACGCAAAGCUUUUGACCAAGACUUUCCAAAUAUUCUGGCAACAAUUAGCGGUGGAUCAAAUAUCGAUAUUGUACAGCUAGAAAUAGAAUCUGCGAAGGUUGAAGAACUUCUCGAUGAGGCAGUCUCCAAUGUUGAACGGCCAUACAAGUACCAGGGCUGGGAGUAUCAGGGUAUGGAUGUAGAUGAGGAAGAAGAAGAUCUGGAAGCAGAUGCUGCUGCUGCACAGGACGAGGAGGAGGAACAAGAGGCAGAAGGGGAGGAAGAAGAUCCAAACCGCAGCAAGAAGAAACCUCUUGGUGAUACAAACCACUACUGUCCAGUGGCCUUGAAGGAGAAUGAUGUUCUGUUCCCUGGAAAUCCUGAAAUUGCUUCCAAGUACCGAGAGAAAGUUUAUUACUUCUCUACAUCAGAAGCAAGGGAGAAGUUCUUGGCUUCACCAGAAGAAUUUGUACCGAAAUCUAGCCCACCAAAGACACCACCAAUCAGAGUAUUGAUUCUUGGACCUCGGGGUGCAGGUAAGACGUUACAUGGUCGUCACCUCGCCAAGAAGCUCGGUCUGUUCCACAUCUCAUUCAAGGACCGCUUACAGGAACUGAUCAUGCAUAAAACAAAGAAAAAGAUUGGACCAGAAUAUGAGGAGGACAAUGAAGAGGAACCUCCAGAGGAAGAAGAUGAGGAUGAGGAAGCAGCUGUAACAGAUCCUGAGGGCAAACCAGUCAAAGAAGAUACUUCCAAAGUGUCAGACCAGUCUGAAAGUAAAGAAAACCAGGAAGAAGAUGAGAUAGAGUACACAGAGGAAGAGGAAUCUAUAAAGAACAAUCUGGAAAAUGAUGAACCUCUUUCCAAUGAAGUACUUGACAGUAUACUUCCUAACUGGUGGCAUAAAGAACCAUUUAAAUCAACAGGUUUCAUCCUGGAAGGAUUUCCACGUACCCCAGAGGAGACUCGGUACCUUGCUGAAGCAGGUUUGUUCCCAGAUGCUGGUGUAAUACUCACAGUAGAAGAUACAGAUGUCAUUGCCCGUCUGCUGCCCCCACGUCUAGACAAAUGGAAAGUAAAGAGAGAUAAAAGAUUGGAACGAAAGCGUAAAAAGAAGGAAAAGGCACAGAAGAAAAGGGAAGAUGCAAUGCAGAAGCGCCGAGAAGAACUCACAAAAGAAUUGGAAGAAAAGAAGAAAGAACGAGCAGCACAGAAAGCAGCAGAGAAAGCUGAAAGGGAUGAAGAUGAGGAGGAGGAAGAAGAAGAAGAGGAGGAGGAAGAAGAGGAUGAAGAUAUUGAAGCAGUCCUUGCUGAAGAGUUUGAGGAGGAAGAAGAAGAGGAUGAAGAAGAGGAAGAGUUAGAAGAAGAUGCAACAGACAGAAUUAGAAAUGAACUGAAUGAUGUCUAUGAUAAUGAUACUAACAAACUUGCUGCUGUCACGGAUACAUUUGAAGAGUUGUUGAUUCCCAGGAUAGAUGUUGAUAGCCAAAGGAAGCCACACAUUGUGCGCUACAUUCUCAACAAGAAGUUGAAGCCUGUCGUAGACUCUCGCCAGAGUGUCUUUGAGAGAGUGUAUCCAAUAAAUGAGAAAUUGGCUCUAAAAAUGUUAGCUGUAGGCUAUAAACAGCCCAGUAGGUUUGGAAGAUGGUGUCCAGUCAAGGUGAAGGAUGGAGACUGUAUCCAGACUAUGAGUGGUCCAGGCUACACCACAUAUCCUUGUAUAUACAGAACUCAUAUCUAUUUCCUAUCAUCUGUACAAGCUAGAGAGGAAUUUGUAAAUGAUCCUGUGAAAUUUGUAAGCCAGCCGACACCUAAACCUGUGGUACCAAUCAAAAUUGCGGUCAUAGGACCACCGAAAUCUGGAAAAACUACAUUGGCUAACAGAUUUGCAGAGGAAUAUGGCUUGCUGAGAUUGUCUGUGGGCGAGGCAAUGAGAAUGGUGAUGGCAUCUCAACCCAAGUCCAGUCUGUCAAAAGAGAUGCAGCGCCAUCUUGUGAAGGGCCUCACUGUACCAGAUGAACUGUCAGUUCAAGCUCUGGAAAUAUGCCUUCUUGAUAUGAAAUGUCAAACACGAGGGUAUGUUUUGGAUGGCUAUCCACAGACUAAACACCAGAUAGAUUUAAUGACAGAGCGCUGUUUGAUUCCCGUCCGUGUGUUUGAACUUGAUGUCAAGAGUAAGGAAAUAAUGGUGCGUGGAACCAAGGACAGAAUUGCAGCCUCAAGGAUUAUGCCAGUACAUGACAGUGCUAUGAUACUUGCAAUGAAAUUAGCAGCAUAUAAUAAAACUAUUGACGAGGUCCGAAACUGGUACGAGUCAGAACACAUGAACUAUAAACUGAUUGAUGGCGAGAGAUCAAAGUGGUGGGUGUGGAAUACAACGCUGGAAUUUUCACGUGAGAGUGUACGCCAGAUUCAGACAUACCUGCAGAGAAUCUCCGACGGAAAGGCAUCCCCUAUUGCUGACUUGUGUAUCACACCCACAGAGUUCUUGCAGAGGGUGGGAGACUUUGACCAGUAUUGCCCUGUUAGUCUGGCUCUAAGAGGAGAACUUGUGGACUGCUCAACCAACACAACCCUCGAAUUUGCUGUUGAAUUCAGGGGUCAUUACUACAAAUGUGCUGGCAAGACAGAACUAGGCCAGUUCCUUGAGGAGCCAGAGAAAUAUGUUCCACCUCUGGCACCACACAAGUUACCUCCUCCUAGCAGGUUACCACGGCGACGUAAACCAGAGGAAGUUAAGGCUUCAGCUAAGAUAGAAUUGAAUGCGUACUGCCCAGUAACAUACCUAGAUGGAAAAUGCAGAUAUGAGGCCAUAAUUCCAGGGAAGCCAGAAUUCAUUGCAGAAUACACAGAAAAAUACUGGUAUUGUGAAUCCGAGGAAAAACUUCUUAGAUUUAUGAAAUUACCAGAGCAAUAUUCUAGCCUCAAACUGCCACACAAGCUUCCACCCACAAAGGAAAACUUAUCUAUGACGUCACUGCCUAUGCUGGGUUACAUGGAGCAGAACGUAGCGACGGCCCUCAUCAAAGCCAUGACGUCAGCCGGAAAUGCUAAACCCAAGUACCCCUUCCUCAGUGCUAGCAGAUCCGCUCUCUUCUUCAUUGCCUAUCAUUUAAAAGCUUUCAACCCGAAAAGUUCAGAAUAUGUUCGUAAAAAGUACAAAAAGAAAUUGGACCGAUUCCAAGAAACCUGCGAUCUGAUAAAAUACCUAGGUAACAACAUGACCGUUAGAUACAAGGAACCUGGCGAGAGACCACAGGACUUUGAUAACAAAUUACAAACAUUCUUUGCACUAAGAGGCAUUGAGCCCACGCCCACAUGGAUUUCAUAGGAAGAAAAUGUUGAAUAGAUUGUGAUAUUUGAAGCAUUUAAAUUGUUUAUAGGAAUUCUUGGAUUUGCAAAAAAAGCUCUUUAUUUGAUGACAUUACUUGAAAUAUGGACAAAAUAUUGUUAUUAAAAACUGGUUAGAUAAUAGAAGAAACUUCUGUUUCAUUUGAGAAUUAAAAACGUAAAUACAUUUGUAUAUACAUGAAUACAGUAUUGACCGUUUUAUAUUAUACAAGUGAUAUAGUACUGUAAAAGAGUUACCCGUCCUGAAAUGAUGGAAUAUAACCAUAACCAUAACUUCAUGAAACACUAGUAAGAGUUAACAGUCCAUCUAAGAUUGUGAAAUACUCUACCCACCCUUGUAUUUGUGCUGAUCAUUCUGUACUCAGCACUUGUUGCUAGAGAAGAUACUACUAUGAAGCUGAGUCUCAAAAGUUACCGAUAAAAAUUAAAUUUAUACACUAAAGCGGUCCCUACAGAUACCACGUAUUUUAUUCCGUCCAUAUGUAGUUAACGUCUGCAAGUAUUAAUUUGUUAUUAAGUUCAGUGUACAUGUAUAUAUAUUAAAUCAUUCGGUCUGUGAUAAUUUUGUUCAAAGUUUGCACAGUGUAGUGCAGGGAAUGGUCUCAUUCGUUAUAUUUUAUAUAAACAACCCUAAAUAUCCAUACAAUAACGUACUGAGAGACUGUUAGAGAGCAUAAGGUUAUUUAUGUUAUUUUGUUUUGUUGUUUCCAGAUAUAUGUUUCAUAUAUAAUUCUAUGAUGAUGUUGUAAAUUACAUCUGUAAAUUAUAAUAUUUCUUGAGCUAUUGAAUAAAAUGAUAAACUUAUA